AUGGAAAAUAAAGAAAAUACAUUAAAUGGAGUUAUACCAAAACCAAAAAUAAGGGUUGUUAAAAAAGUUAUAAGAAAGAAACCACCAAUGACAUCUGAUAAUAGUGAUCCCUCAACUAAUAAACUGAAUGAACAACUUUCAAACUUAAAAUUAGAUAGCAGUAAUAAUAGCACUACAACUAAUAAUACCACAAAUACAACUAUAAAUACACUUAAUAAACCAAACGUACAAAAAAAAUCUGAUAUAUUAAAAAAAUCAAUUAAAGAAAAGAUCCACUUUGACAAAUUAACAUAUGAUGCUCAAAUGUCAUUAAUUGAGGAUGAAACAACUGAAAAUGAAUUAAGAUCUCAUUAUUAUAAUUUAUUUCAACCUGAUCAUUUUAAAGAUGUUGUAGCAGAGAGAUCGGCAUCAGGUAAAUGUGGAUAUCCAUGUUGUAGUAAACCAUUAGGAGUAAAGAAAUUGAAUCAAAAAUAUUUUAUUUCAGUAAAAGAACAAAAAGUAUACAAUGUUGAAGAACUAUCAAUGUUUUGUUCAUCAGAUUGUUUAGUUAAAUCAAAAUUAUAUGCAUCAACAUUAGAUGAAACUGCUGUUUACUUAAGAAAUGUUGAAAGUAAAAAGAUUUUACCAACUGAACAAACUUUAAUAUCAUCACAAACAAAAACACAAUCACAAACACAAACACAAUCACAACAAGCACCAAAACCAGCAUCUAAACCAAUUGAAUUCUUAAAUAAAUUUGAAAAAUCAUUAGUAAUUACAGAGAAUGAAAAUGCAAGUUUAAUUCCACCAAAUUUAACAUUUGAUAAAAAUGUAGAUAAUGAAAAAACCAAAAUAGAUAAACAACCACAAAAAUCAACUACAACAAAUAAAACUAUAAGUAAACCAAAGAAAAAAACUAUUAUUACAGAUGAUUUAAAGGUACCAAUAGAAAAAAAAGAAAUUAAAAUUAGGGAUAGUGAUGAUGAGGAGGAUGAUGAUGAUAGUGAUUUAAAUUAUUAUAGUGAAGAUGAUACAUUAUUAGGAGAUGAACAAGACGAUGCACCAAUGGUUUUAAAUGAAGAUGAGGAUGAAAAUGAUAAUAACAUUAAUGAAGAUGAGGAGGAUGAAAAUAAGAGUGAUAAAAGUGAAGAUGAAUUUUCAUUAUUUAGACCAACACAAAUGUCUAGUAAAAGGGUUGAAGAAUUAUUUAAACCACACAUUUCAAAUUAUCAUAUGGUUUAUUCAACAUUAAGUCAAUUUACAACUAAACAUACCAAUAACUUUUUACAAUUUAAUCAAAUCAAUUAUGAAUAUAUAUUAGAACAAAAUUUACAAAUUAAAUCUAAUCUUCAUUCUCAAUUAUCAUUAGUUUAUCAAAGUGUAAUCGAUCAAUUAGGUUUCAAAAUUACAACUGCAAAAGAAAAAGUUACAAUUUUAAUUGACACUUUUAAAUUUGAUAAACCUGUACCAUCUUUAAGAAGAAAUCAUUGGAAAAUUUUAUCAUCAAUUGAUGAAGAAAUAUUAAAGGAUAUUAAAGACAAUAAUGAUAAAUUUGAAAAUUUAGUAAAAGAAUGCAACUUUGAUAUGGAGACAUUAAAAGUAUUUCAGGAUUUAUUAAUUCAAGGUUAUCAAUAA